AUGGUGCCAGACGAAGCCAUAGGAGAUGCCAUGGGUAGUCCUAUUGCCAAUGGAGUGUGUGGGAAAGGUGGCACUAGAGGGCAAGAUGCAGACAUGUUGGGCGAUGCCAAUGUACUUGGGGCUAGAGGCGACCCCACAAGCUCUGGUCUGGGUGACGUUGCUGGCACAGGUAGGGAGUUGGGUGACAACGCUGGGAAGCUCGGCGAUGACACUGGGUAG